AUGGACGACAUCCCGCCAACCACAACAAGCGCAAGACUGCGCAACAAGGCAAAAAUUAACCGUCGUGCAGCCGCCAGAAAGGAAAAAUCCCCCAAAGACUUGAUACGCAUCCAAAAUCAACUCAACGGCAAGACCUACAAGUUCGCUUGUCACACAUGUAUCAUGGGUCACCGAGCACCACACUGUGAUCCCAAAAAACAUUUCGACAAGAUUCUGUUCAGACGCCCAGAGCCAGGAAGGCCUCCAAGGGAUUGUGGACAUUCCGUUACCCCAGGAUGCGACUGUAAGGCAAGCCGAGAGCUGUGUUGUCAGCUCACAAAAGCACAAUGGGCGACUCUCCAAGCAGGCGGUGUUCCCGUGGCGGUAAUGUACAACAGUCAGCGAGAACUCGAGGAAGCUAUGAAGGAUGCAGAGCGCCAAGAAUUCAGAGCGCGCGAACAAGCCAAUAUGUACGCAUACCAACAAAAUGCCUUACCGUACCGAGGACCAUCGCCUGGUAUGCCUUUCGGAUUUCCUGAUCCAAUGGUGCAGUACAAUCAGUACCCACCAUUCUCUCCGCAACCACCAAACCAGCUUGGUUCUAUCAGUUACCAUCCCGCUCCAACAAUGUUCGAUCACUCUGGUUACCAGCCUCAGUUUCAACCAGUCGAGACUCAUCCACCUAAUCAGAACACGUCGAUGCCAAUGGACAACACGCUGGCACUACAGCAAUUUGUCAUGGACAUGAGCCAGCAGGAGCAGGUGGCCGCACAGCCAUCUUCAAACCCCUCGCAAUCGUGUUGCUCGAGAAAGCAAGCCCAGCCGCCUCCUCAAUCGUAUGUGGGAGCAACAACAUCUCCCUUCAAUCUACCUGGUCCGGCUCCUAGGGCACAGUUCCCUUGCCAAAGCUGUGCUUCCUAUCAGUGCACAUGCAUCACCUGUCCCGAGGUCAGACAGGUCUCAAGUGGUGCCUGGUCUCAAAGUUGCGGUCGUGGUGGCCAUAUUGAUAACAUGGUUCUGCCUAAGCAGGAGUACUCCUCCUUCCAAGAGUCUCAAGGUUCCUUCCAAGGUUAUGAAGGUCUUCAGGGUCCUCAGCAGGACUACCAACUCAUGCUGUCCCAACAACAACAUGUCCACCAGUCCAACCUUGAAGCUCCACAGCUUGCUCUUGCUGACCAGCCCAUCCAUGCUCAAGCAGCUUAUGGCUCGAUGCCUUACGACUUUUCAGCCUUCACCGCCGAUGAGAUCAGCCAGGCUUUUUCUGGUUUCCAAGAUGCCACGCACAUGAGUGCCACACAGAACAUCCCAGUUGAGUUCUCGAACAUCUCCGAGCCCAUGCUUUACCAGCAUCCUUCGCAGCUCAACGGCUCAGAGUUUUCAGCUCGCCCUCCUCACAUUCAGCGAUUGAUUUCCCAUGACAGCCGUGUCACCCAGCUAUCUCCCUCGCCAGAGGCGAGCGUCGAUAACACUAUCGAUCCAAGAAACCUUCGUGUUCGUCCCCAAGAACGAUAG